GUUUCCGCCCGGCCCCUCUUCGGGCAGGACCCGCGGCUUCCCGUUCCGUUUCCGUUCCUCGGCGAGGCUGCGGGGGGAGAGGUGCGGAGGGCGGUGGGGUCGGUCAGGAGCGGGCAGCGGGCCGGGCCGGGGCUCCCUCCGCCGCUGCUUCAGCCCUGCUUUUCCCUCCGCAGGGGCGGCGGCAUGUUGCGGCGACCGGCGUGGCAGGUGCUUCGCCAGUUUGUAAGACAUGACUCUGACAUGGUUGGCUCAUUGGUACUCGAAAGAUCCAUGAAUCGUGUUCAGUUACUUGGUCGGGUUGGACAGGACCCUAUCAUGAGGCAAGUGGAAGGAAAAAAUCCUGUUACCAUAUCUCUUGCAACCAAUGAGAUGUGGCGAACAGGGAAAGUGAGGUAAACCAGGGAGGUGAGUGAUAUCAGUCAGAAGACGACAUGGCACAGGAUCUCUGUCUUCAGACCGGGCCUCAGGGAUGUUACCUAUCAGUAUGUGAAGAAGGGCGCUCGAAUCUUUGUUGAAGGGAAGAUAGACUAUGGUGAAUAUACAGAUAAAAACAACGUGAGGCGUCAGGCCACAACAAUUAUAGCAGAUAAUGUGAUUUUCCUGAGUGACAGUGGUAUGAAAGAAAAGGUGUGAGGUCGUUAGUGCUUGGACCCAGGCCAUUUCAUUCCUUCUGUUUUACAGUGCUUCAGAAUUCUGUAAUCAUGUAUAUUGCUGUAGUUUCUUUAAGAGGUAAAUAAAAUCUUUGAUACCUAUAGGGUAUCUCUGUGUA